UCCAUGACACUUUUUUAAUUUUUUUAAAAACAAAUUGAUGAGUUUUUUAAACUUUUUAAAAUUAAAACCAAAAAAAUGAAAAGAAUUUUUUUUUUAAAUAAAAGAUCUCUAUAAAAUUUCUGAUCAAUAAUGGUCAUCGAUAAAAAUAGGGCUUACAACGAUAUGAAUCCAAGCGACGCGUCAUUAUUAAAAAAUCGGGGAAACGGAUUCUUUAAACCCGAAAAAUAUUAUCGAUCGCAGUUGAGAGGAAUUAAAUCACCCAUGAUGAUCAGAAUAGCCGAAUCUGAUUUACCAUUAAAACGAAAUCAAUUUAUUCCCCCAAAAAUUCCGGCGAGAAAAAGUUUUACCCUUCCUCACAAAUCCUUGCUCUUUCAAAAUAAUACUAGUAAGAUAUCCGUCAGAGCGGCCUCUGAGCAACAAAAUUAUACGAAAACGAACGCUAACACUAAUAGGACAGAUUCCGAUGACGAAUUUCAUGAAAAUUACAAUAUUCGUGGAACCUUAUUAAUUCCUGCCCGCAAAAGUUUACCCUCCAAACACGAUAUUUAUUUAUCGAAUCGCAUUCAUCCUGCCUCUAGAUACGAACUUCAUAAAGCCGAUAUCAAUGCAGACGAUAACGAUUACCCUAAAAGCGACUGCGGAUAUUAUGACAAAGAUGUGUACGAGGAAAUUUAUAGCGAUCCACGGCAUUCGCUAGAAUCUCAAGACAGCGUUCCUCAUUACAAAAAAAUUCACACGGUUGGAACUCAAUCACACUUUCCCUCUUCGCCCGUGCAACACUACCAAUAUCGCGUCAAUAUCAAUACCGACGAUAUCGAUUCUCCGCUAUCCCCUAAUCAGACAUUUUCCUCGGCCAUAUCUGACUUCUUUCCGUCACGCUCCUCUCCGAUUUCUCAUUUACCCUCCUGCCACACCGUAAUUUCUCCGAUUUAUUCUUCCGUAUCCCCCGAAUACGGGGACUUAUACGAACAACGGAAAGUUAAUAACCGAAAUCUUAAGAGUCAAAAAAAUAAUUUAGAUAAUAAUAUGCGGAAUAGCAAUAAUGAUAGACAGGAGAUAAAUAAUAAUAUUCAUCACUCGAAUUGCUAUUCCAAACUCCCGCUGAUUACUCGCUACAUGAAUUCUCAAACGGAUCCCUGCGAUGACGAACAUUUGAAAUUGCCAUCGCAUCAUCGUAACAGGGACUCCCUAGAAAACGCAUUCGUUGAUUUCGAACGCAACGCUUCGGAAUAUUCGUAUUCUUCCAAUUCCAACGCCGCCCAAAACUACGAAGACAAAAGCAAUGGUCCUCGAUUGACUGAUUUACCACCCAAUUUGGCUAAGUCAAAAAAAUUUAGCGACCCAAUACCAGAUUCAAACAAUGGUCACGUUAAUGAUUUCGAAACGAAGAGUUUUAUUAGGCUCAGAAAAUUCUCCGAUUGUACAGGUUAUGACCGCAAUAAACGCGCCAUCGAUUUAUUGUCUGACCAGGAAAUUCCUAGAUAUGAUAACACCCUCAAAGUUCCGUACAAAUCCAACGGGGUAGUAACUUCCGGCGCAUAUUCUAAUCGACACUGGAGACUCAUAGUCGAAGGAGAAGGGUUAGAUAGCGACGGAAAACUUUACAAAUGCAGUGAGAAAAAACCUUUGGACGGUUGUGAAGGACACAGAAACGAUUAUUUAGGCUACAAUGGCGACAGGAAAAAAAAUUACAUACGCGAUGACCAUACCAGCUUAAGGCGCCUUAAUGGGGAGUGUAAACGCGGGGUUAAUAAUGAUUUUAAAACUUGCCUUAAUUGUCGGCACAAAUCAUAUAGCCUAAAGGAACAUCAUUGUCAAAUAAAUACGCCGGAUUCUAAAGAUUCAACUUAUAACAAAGGCGCCUCUGAUAAUUGUCACAGUGACAAAGUAUUUAAUUGUAAUAAAAACCAUGACAUGAAGGAUGAUAAGGAUGAAAAUUUGCUCGUACCUCAUAAUUUGAAAACCUCUAGGAGAGUGGAAGCAAGGCAAAAUGUUUUGAAAUUAAAUAUGGGAACCAAUAAUUACAAAGAUAACGGGAACACAAAUCAAUCUAGUCCGAACCAGAAAUAUGCUAAAAAUGUAACAGAUUUUGUUUCAAGUGAUUCUUCCAAGAACCCCUCAUUUUACGCACACUUGAAUGGCAACGUUACCCAACCCAAUUUUCAGGAUAAUGAAUGCGUUCUUGCACCCUCUAAAUUUGAUUUUCCUAUGGAUUUAUCUGACCUCUUAAGUGAAUCAAAAAAAAAAUUAUGCCAAUCUUUUGAUAAGGAAGGCAAAAAUUAUACCGAUUUUUAUGCCAAUCACUUUAUGGCACAUUCAGAAGACAGCGCUAACCAUGAAUGCGAUCCAAAAUUAGAACAAUCUAUGCUUGACACACCUGAAUUUGCUUGUUCAAAGAAAGAUAUCGAUUAUAAACUUAAAGAUGAACAUGAAAGCCUAAUGAUUGCCAAUAAAGCGGUUCCCAUAGAGGAUUAUCAAAACAAUACGAUGAACACUAAUUAUCAAAGUAUUAACGGUACGGUAACCAUCAUUCCCAUUCCCAGAGAAAAAUCUCUUAAAUUUAUCACCGAAUUCGAUGAAGUUAAAAUAUUCCCCAAAUCCAAUCAUACCGCCAGCGAUAUAUCAGGAAAUCGCCCUGACGCCAUAAUCAAACAGAAUCACGUAACUCCCAUUCAUUCGAAGGAUCCUAUUGACGCCAUCAUUCAUACCAAAAACUCGGCAGACUUUCAAAUUCUUGAUAAAUCAUGCGAAAACGCAGAGACCUCGUUAAUUCACCCUGAUCCAUCCAAUACGGAAGAACUCAGUUUUCAGAAGCAAAUCGAAACGUUUUCAUUUAACAAAACAAAAAAUAGCGGCGCAAGAAACGCAAGGACCAAAUUUUUUGCUGAACCCCUUAUCACAUCGCCACCUAAAAGUGUCAACGGAAAGAAUUGCAUAGGUCCACCUAAAAAUACCGUUUCCGCGAUAAAAGACGCCGAAAAAAAUAAUAAUUCGUGCCAACUUCUUUUAGAGCUGAAGAAUCGUUUGCAGAGCAGGAAAUCCUCAUUUAGAUAA